GUCAAAAAAAUAUAUACACCAAUACGUGUACUAUGAGAAAAACUUGUAGGCUAAGCUAAAACAAACAAAAGUCAUCGAAAUGUUUGCUCUAUUAUAAUUGACCAUACUUCUAGUUUACUUCAUAUGCUUUCUUUCUCGUUCAAUCUACAAAACAUUUGAUUGAUUCAUUCCACAAUAACAACAAAAAACAAAACAAAACAUUACUUUUGUUGUUGCUUGGUUUUGAUCUCAAUAAAGUACUACUAUCUGUCAUGGCGGAUCUAGUUAGUGGAGGUGCUGAAGAAAUGGUGAAAUAUGUUAUUAAAACAAUAAAAAAUGGUCUAGAAUUUGGUUCCACGCUUCAAACUGGUAUAGAAACUGUGAAAGCUUUGUCUCCUUUACUAGAAAAGAUCAAAAGUUCCACUUCCAACGAUUUGUUGGAUCGACCUAGAGAUGAAGAUAUAGUAAGGUUAGAGACGAAGAUAAGAGGAAUUGAAGAGCUUGUAGAAAAAAGCAAGAAAAUAAAACGUACUUGGUGGAAAUCGUUUUCUUUUCCACGUUACCAAGCUAAGCUUCAGGAGAAAGAUGAGGAUUUGCAGAGACAUUUAGCUGUUCAUGGUCAAGUGAUGUUGUUGGCUAAUGUGACUGAAAUUUUAAAUAUUCUUAAGAAUAUGGAAAAUUUGGGUCAGAAUCAAAAUAGGGGUUUGUGUGGUGCUCCUGAAGCACCUCAUUGUAUGGGAAUGGAUGAUCUUUUAACUCAGUUGAAGAUUGAAAUGAUGAAGAAAGGUGUUUCUGUACGUGUUUUGACUGGUUUGGGUGGAUCUGGUAAAACCACUCUUGCUAAGAAGCUUUGUUCGGAUCCUGAAAUCAAAGGCAAGUUCGGUACAAACAUCUUCUUUUUUACCAUCUCAAAAACUCCCAACUGGAAGAUCAUUGCACAGACGCUAUUUGAAUACUGUGGACGUCGGGUGCCUGAGUUUAAUAACGAUGAAGAUGCAAUUAACCGACUGAGAUCUCUGCUCAGUGAAGUUGGUACAAAUCCAAUAUUAUUAGUCUUGGAUGAUGUUUGGCCUGGCUCAGAAAGCCUUGUUGAGAAGUUCAAAUUUGAUAAAAUGACAGAUUAUAAGAUUUUGGUGACUUCAAGGGAUGCAUUUACAAGAUUUGGCACCCCAUGUAAGUUGGAUCCACUUGGUCAUGAUCAUGCGGUGUCCCUUUUCCGUCACUUUGCUCAAUUGAACGAGAGCAGCUCAUACAUGCCUAAUGAAAAUCUUCUCCAUGAGAUAGUGAAAGGUUGUAAGGGUUCGCCGUUGGCGCUUGAGGUCAUUGCUGGAUCACUCUGUCAGCAGCCUUUUGAGAAGUGGCAAAGUAUGAUGGAAUUUUUUCAAAAUGAAUCCAUUCUGGAGUCUGAGAGCUAUUUUCCCAAUAAUACGCCUGACACUGACUUGCUCUAUCGCCUUCAAGAAAGUUUGGAUUCAUUGGAGGAUAACAAUAAAAAGAACUGCUUCAUUGAUAUUGGCCUAUUUCCUGAAGACCAGAGGAUCCCUGUUACUGUCCUCAUUGAUAUGUGGGCGACACUGUAUAACCUAGAUGAAGAUGGCAAAAAAGCAAUGGCCAUUGUCCAUGAUUUAAACACUAGGAAUUUGAUUAAUGUCAUAGCUACAAGGAAAGCUGCAACAGAAACAGACAUGUACUACAAUAGCCGCUAUGUCAUGAUGCAUGAUCUCCUCAGAGACCUAGCGAUCCUUCAAAGCAAGGGGAAACCAUUUGAACAAAGAAAAAGAUUGAUCAUUGACUUGAAUGGAGAUGAUCGUCCCGAAUGGUGGAUAGGAUCCAAUCAGCAAGGAAUGAUUAGUCGUGUGCACUCAUUCGUAACUGGAUUGUUCGUAAAACAGAAGCAACUAAAGGUUGCUGCCCGUAUAUUGUCUAUAUCAACUGAUGAAACAUUUUCUUCGGAUUGGUGUGACAUGCAACCUGAUGAAGCUAAGGUUCUGAUUUUAAAUCUUCGGUCUGACAAUUACUCAUUACCGGAUUUCACCAAAAAAAUGAGUAAACUGGAAGUUUUAAUAGUCACAAAUUAUGGUUUUCAUUGUUCUGAGUUAACCAAGUUUGAGCUACUUGGUUUUUUAUCAAACUUGAAAAGAAUAAGGUUGGAGAAAGUUUCUGUCCCUCGCCUAUGCAUAUUGAAGAAUCUGCAAAAACUGUCCCUUCAUAUGUGCAAUACAAAAAAUGCUUUUGAAAGUUGUUCUAUCCAAAUUUCAGAUGUUAUGCCAAAUCUAGUGGAGUUGAGCAUUGACUAUUGUAAAGAUUUGAUUAAAAUGCCUGAUGGGUUUUGUAACAUAACCAAAUUGAAGAAACUCAGCAUCACCAACUGCCACAAUCUUUCUGCAAUGCCUCAAGAUAUUAAAAACAUGGUGGAUUUGGAAGUGUUAAGGCUUUGUUCCUGUUCUGAUUUAAAAGAGAUGCCAGAAUCUGUUGCAGGCCUUAACAAGCUACGUUGUCUCGACAUCUCAGACUGUGUGAGUCUUCCAAAAUUACCGGACGAUAUCGGUCACUUGCAAAAGCUUGAGAAGCUCUCCAUGAAAGGUUGCUCAGAGUUGAGUGUAUUGCCUGAUUCUGUCAUCUAUUUUGGAAAUUUAAAUCACGAGAUGCAUGUGAUCUGUGAUGAAGAAGGUGUUGCCUUAUGGGAACAGUAUCCCAACAUUCCCAAUAUAAAGAUAUAUAAGGCUGAAGUAGAAAUUAACUUAAAUUGGCUUCAUGGAACUCGUUCCUGAGUAUUGGUUCAUGUAGAUAAAGUGACUUGAAGUCAUGUUGAUACUUGUAAACAAUGUUGCUACUUGCUACACAUAUGUUUUCCUAUUUAUCAUGUUGUCCAUUUAACUGUAGUGAUUUUUGUUGGACUAUACUGUAAUAUACAUAGUUGAGACUUGAGAAACAUGUUAGAGCUCAACAGAUAGAAAAAUAAACUAAGAGAAAGGUGAAUGAAAAAGUUUAUUACAA